CCUGGCACCACAGUGUAUUUUUUUUCUGUAUCGACAUAUGGCGAACAGCUUCUUGGGGAGUCUUGACUGAUGCAGUUACGGACACGGAGCGAAGCGAGCCAACCUACAUAUGCAAACGAGAGUCCAAAUGGAGAGCUCAACGGGAGCGAUCUGGCGAUUUUGAACGCGACGACCAACGCAACGCCAAUGGAGCACUAUACUACUGUCCAAGGUCUCAACACCGCUGACCAACCACAAGCGGUUGCAUCCUCUAAUAUCUUGGGCACCAGUACCCCGAGGGGGCGAGGCAGGGGCCGAGGCAGAGGGAGAGGUGCAAGUAGUGCUCAAAGAUCUAGAAAGGACGACACGGCCACUCUGGACAAUGACACUGGACUAGUGACGUUCUUAGCUACCGCCCCUAUCAGCAAUGCAGAAUUUCCACUUCAACAGCAGUCUGGCGGGCCCUCCACGACGACCCAAGUCAAAGAAAAGCGGGCACGGAAGCGAAAUGCUGACCAAGACGGGGACGAGUCAGACUUUGCAGUGUCCGACAUUUCAGAGCCUGAAGAGGACGGCGACUCUGAGGAAGACUAUGUCGAGGGCGACGAGGAUGAUGACGUGGUACAAUCAACGGCUCCCGUCCCUGCUCGUACCCCAAGAAGACGUCGGCGGGGAGAGGAUAGUCCAACUGUCGGCACGCCCACUGAUGCUAAUAGAACAGAGAACGCAGAAGAGGACUCGGCGGAUUAUUCAAACCAUCCUGGUUUACUUGAACUCCGGCUGAAGAUUACGGAAGCGCUGGAGAAGUAUGUGCUGGUGGAUUUGACCCAGUCUCUACUGGAGAUGAACAGGGCCAACGAACCGGCGAGUCAGACAUCUUCUCCUCGAGAGCGACGCGGUCGGCCGGCUAAAGGCGGAAAGCGGGGAAAGGCUGCUGACGAGUUAAUUGACACAGAGGCGAGAGACGGGUCUUCUGUGGACGUUAAUAUGCAAAAUGUGUUUAGCGUCGCGGCAGCUGCAGCGUCAUCGUCUGAAGCACCAGAUGAGAUCGCUGGCAUGAAACGCAAAGCAGGAGAAGAUACAUCUCAAAUACCCAAAAUCCCAAGAACGGAGCAAAGUGAGCUCAGCGGAGAGCCCAAGGUUUGGAAAAUCGAUAUGGAAGCAGGGCGCUAUAAAUGCUUCCUGCCUUUGUGCAAUAAAGACUUCCUUAAUGUCCAAGGUCUUAGAUAUCAUUCGACAAAGCACGUUCAUGAGGUUUUGGACUUUUUGAGUUGGGCGUAUCCACGAGAACAGACCACUGAAACGGGCAACUCAUCAGAGUCGAAGUCAACUAUCGUACACGAACCUGGUGUUGCCAUUCCUGCUACUAGUGAAACGUCUCAAACAAAUCCCGAACUUGACAAAUCGCGUAACUCCAUUCGCCCUGACAUUCUGGCAUUGUACGAUCAGUUACCAUUUGAUGCAUGGCCAUUGGCCAUCGAAGAGUACGAUGCUCUUAUUCCCGGCAUUGCCAAGCCUAGCAAAAAUACAUUCCUGAUUGGGUAUGGCAAAGAGCGCGAAGUUGCGGAACGACGACGGCUCAAGGCGUUGCAUGAUCAGCAAGUUAAGGAAGCCAAGCAGCGAGCUCGCGAAGAAAAGAAAAAGGGAAAAGACGAUGAGUCGAAGAAAAAUCCUCGUAGCAGUGCGCCGGGUACACCAAAGUCUACCCCUUCGAAGCCGAGACGACCAGUGGAUAGGAAUGCAAUGUCCAUAGUGCCGCUUCCGACUUUAGUUUCAGCAGAUGAAGAUGGAAAUGGUAGCUACACUGUUUCCGAUUGCGCACGCCCGAAGCUCGAGGAUUUUGAGGCUGUCCCAAUAGCUGAGGCGGUAUCAUACUUCCCGCUCCAAUCCACGUGUAUGGUGUCAAAUGGAAACGAAAGCACAUCCAAUUGGAGUCAACCUGUGAAUCUUUUUAGCUCAUGUGCAUUGCCGGACAUUGGUACCAAGAAACGCAGGCGGUUUGUACUCAGUGCUGGAGGUUCCAUAUGGGGUCUGGACUGGUGUCCAAUGCGAGGGGAAAAUGAUGGAAGCCAAUACCUGGCCGUUGCAGGCUACAAGAGCACGAUAGAUGAACAUCACGUCAUUGGCGUGCGUCAGCAGCCUGCUGGAGACAAUAUGAAGGGAUGUAUUCAGAUAUGGAAUUUGGGGAAUUUGAAUGAUGCAAAAAAGAAUGUUGGCGGAGAUCAACAACCUUCGCUGGCACUCUGUCUUUUGCAUGAAUUUGGAUGUGUUUUUGAUGUCAAGUGGGCACCAUGCGGAUUCUAUGAGAAGAAGGACCAGCAAACUAAUCCAGGCGAGAUACGGAGACUAGGCCUACUGGCAGCAACAUUCGGAGAUGGGAGCAUGCGGGUGUUUAAUAUACCCCAUCCGCAAGAAUUGAGCAUACGAUUUCAAGUAGAAAAUGGUCCGCUGUUCGUAAAAGCGAAAAAUCCACUGUUUGAGGUGUCACUGCCUGACACCAUGCUAUGGAAGGUCGCGUGGGGAGGAUGCGAUCUAAUCGCGACAGGAUGCACGAAUGGUAGUGUGGCCGUUUGGAGUUUGACCCAGGCUGUAGAUUCGCGUCAGCCGCAAGCGAAGCAGGGUGAUGUGGAUGAGCCUGAUCAUGAAGCGCAAGACCCUUUGCUCUAUUUUCCCGCCCACGACUCGUGUGUUCGGGAUCUAUGCUGGACAGGAUCUCGUUUGCACGCAUGCCCCGAAUCCAUUCCGACCACUCUCUUGACAACUGGCAAUGAUGGGCGGCUUCUUGUAAGAGAUAUUCGGGAUCCAUUGAUGGCAGGGACUCUGUACCGUAUUAGAGCCUUUAUGACGUGCACAACUUGGAUCCCUUCCAUAUCAGGACUGGUAUUCACUGAUUCAGAUAACGGCGCACGGUUUGUGAGACCGGGCGACGAAGAUCCUAAAGGGCGCUCAAGGGUUGAUGAUGACGAAAGUGGGGGGAUGCAUUUCGUGCAAAAGACAACCGGUAUUGCCAUGCACAGAGCGUGUAUUUGGAGCGCGGACGUGUCACCAUAUUUUGAUUUUCUGGCUACCGGCAGCGCGGAUGGGACUGUGAAGAUCUCCAAUCUCAAGCGAAUGAAUCAGCGCAGCUUUAAACCAACUCAAAUUAACCUAUACCGACUUGAAUGGGAUUUCCAAACGCAAGUAUUCAAAUUUGUGGAAAAUACGAAACCCGAGGAAUUGGCGCAAAUGGUUCCUAGAGGUAGCGAAAGCAUAUUGACAAUGUUUUACCCUCCCGAAGUGGCCAUUCAAAAGGUGGUCUGGAAUCCUAAUCGAUGUGCGGCAUCUUGGAUUGCCUCGGGUGGUACCGGUGGGAUUGUGAGGGUUGAGACGACUUUUGGAAUGUGAGAUGGAGUUGUGGGUUAGGAAUGGGAUGUGUUCACUGCAGCGUUUUGUACAGUAUUUAAAGACUACAGGAGAACUCUAAUGCACGGGGAUACCUUUUUUGUCAAACAUGAGCAAGCACA